GGAUCACGUGAUCUGUUCUGUUCAAAAUGGCGGCAGACACAUUGAAGUUUAUGCAGAAUGCAACUGUGAAAGUGCUGGGACUUUGUUGGAGUUACAAGAAAAUUGUUCUCGUGGUUGCUGGCGGUGUCGGCUAUCAUGCACUGAGGAGAUAUUUUGGAGGUGGUGUUUGCCACAGUAGAGCUCGUCUUGAUGGCAAAACUGUUUUGAUCACUGGGGCCAAUUGUGGCAUUGGGAGAGAGACUGCAAGAGACCUAGCUGGAAGAGGUGCCCGAGUGAUCCUGGCGUGUCGAGACGUGACGAAGGCCGAGAGAGCUGCGGAUGAUAUCAGGAAGAACACCGGCAAUCCAGAAGUCGUUGUCAGAGUUGUCGACCUCGCAUCGCUGGAAUCGGUGAGGAAAUUUGCUCGUGAAGUCACAGAGAAGGAAAAGAGGCUUGAUGUUUUGAUCAACAAUGCAGGUGUCAUGUUCUGCCCGUACUGGAAGUCUCAGGAAGGCUAUGAGAUGCAGUUUGCUGUCAAUCAUCUCGGCCACUUCCUACUCACCAAUCUCCUCCUGGACCUCCUAAAGAAGUCGGCGCCAAGUCGCAUUAUUUGUGUGUCAUCUCUCGCUCACAGACGAGGCAGGAUCAACUUCGAGGACAUCAACAUGGAACAGCACUAUGACUCGCUGAUGGCGUACGGGCAGAGCAAGCUGGCAAAUGUGCUGUUUGCCAGAGAACUAGCCAGGAGACUACAAGGCACCGAGGUGACCGCCAACUCACUACACCCGGGUGUGGUCAAGACAGAGCUCGGCCGUCAUCUCUCAGUGAUGGGGGUGUCAUGGUUUAAACAGACCCUGUUCAAAGUGGCAUCUCUCAUCUUCAUCAAGACUCCCGUUCAGGGCGCCCAGACUACAAUAUUCUGCGCAGUGGACGAGAGUCUGAAUGACGUCUCAGGGAAAUAUUUCAGCGACUGUGCCGAGAAGGGCACUGCUGCCCAAGGUCAAGAUGAUGAGGUGGCAAAACAGCUCUGGGAUCUCAGUUGCAAGAUGGUGAAUCUACCGGCAUUGUAACGACCACAGGAAGCUUUCAAUCAGGAUGCAGAAAACAUGACGGGUUGUUAUUAUGUAUAUAUAAUAUUUAUAUGAGUGUUUUUGAAGACUACACAUCAUCAAUACAUUGGAAUACACCCCGUUAAUAUGAUCAUUUGCAGUGUCAUAGUGACUUGUGUUUAUUAUUAGUCAGCUAAUAAAAUGGGACAGCUUGUAGCUCACGGAAGUCAUAUGAGCCUAAUUAUGUGCAUGAACUUGGUACAAACCCUACCUUUGCCUGAUAUAGAAGCAAUCGAUGCUCAUGAUGUCAAUCACUGGAUUGUCUGGUCCAGUCUCGAUUAUUUACAGACCGCCGUAAUAUAGCUGGAAUAUUGCUUUACCAUCACAUUGUUGCCAAGCAUCUGAUCAUGAGAGGCACUCUCAUAGCUGUUAUCAUCUAUUACCGGGAUAUAGCUAAAAUGGAUAGAAUUAUCAUUAAACCGUUCUCAUGUUAUCAGAAAUGAGUUGGUCACUGUAACUUGAUAAUGCCCUCAUAUUGCUUGACGACGGGCCAUUAUCACGCCCGUUGUUAGGUGAUGUCAUAUUGAUGUUCAAUGGUGACAUCAUCUGUUUUUUUCUAUGACGUUUCCAUAUUUGUAAAUAGGGGUCAGUGACGUUCGUUGUGUGUUGAUCAAAACCGACAUUGUUGUGUAUUUUUAUUUGAUAAGAAAUCCUAUCCAUUUUAGCUGUAAUAACGAUAACGCUAUUUUUCAGGGCAUUAUCAUUUGCAGAAGCCCUCAGUCUUUUCAACUGCCCUCCUUCAUCGGGCAGUUAAUGGAAGACCUCGGGCUUCUGCAAAUGAUAAUGCCCUGAAAAAUAGCGUUACCCUUAAAACAGUGAUUAUGUAGAGGGGAAUGGCUGAGUAACUGUCCAUUCCUGAAAAAUAAUUGUCCUUGGAUCCUGCAGGGUCAAAGGCCCAUUAGUUUAAGGAAUGGAAAGUUAUGAGGAUGUUCCCCUACUUAAAACACAUCUCUACUUUACACUUUGACAAAACAUUCUCUUGUGGAAAAUAUUUGAAAACUCUUUGUAGACUGUAUUUAUAUGGAGUGAGUCGCUUCGCAUGAUGCACAAGGAAUGCCUUCUCUGCCGCCGUUGCACGUGCACCAAGCUCCGUCACAGGCUGAUUUUUACAACGCAUUGUACACGGCUCCUCAUAGUUUUGGGGGGUCCGAAACUAGCAGUUUAUCAAUUGCUUGCACGUUGUAAAUACAUGCUGUCAGGGAUUAUUGGAAAUAUGGAGCCCUGAACAAGGAUAUAUAUGUUUACCUUUAAUAUUCUUUUUCUCGAAAAGGUUUAAAUAUAAACAUUGUUAUAGGUAACCAGCUGUAACCAUGGUAACACAACACUAUGUACAUAUUAUUUUCGGGGCUUUCAAGGUUAAUGCAAAUAUUUGAAAAUAUUUAAUAGUUAUUUUCACAUCAUACCAUCAUGUGUACCUUUGCUGAGUCGACAAUUAGACGUCUUCAAAUAAAAUGGUGCGGGUUUGAAAACCCGAUGGCGACACCUUUUCCUAUAAACUUUGAAAUCCUUAAAUUGUCAAAUAUAAAAAAAAUAGUUCCGUCCAUUCCAAGUGUAAAUUAAUUGAAAUGUUGUUUAAAGAUAAUGUAUAAUUGUCCAUUCCUGAAAAUUAUGGAGCGUUUAAACAGUAGAAUGACGUCACAGAAGUCUUUUAUUUUCAAAGAAUGUAUGUCACAUGAUUGCUCUGUCAGAGACUGAGAGAGUGUGUGGUCGACAGUACAUGACACGAAUGCUAAGCUCUGAGACAGUGUCGAGCAUAAGGUAUGGUGUGAAGAGCUCAGGGGAGUACAGACUAUUUUUUUAUUGUUUUAUAUCAGCACAAUGAAGUGACAUUCUUUCAAAGCUUCAACAAGUAUAUAAACCAAUACUGUGUAGAACAAUUUCUAUGUUUGUCAGAGGAUGCAAAAAUCUAAUUGCCAAAGAAAAAGCCAUCCCAGGGCUACUCUUAUCUUGCUUGUUUAAGUAAUUUUGUUAAAGACUAUUGAAAUGUUGACUGUAUAUUGUCUGUUUCUUUACAUGUGGAACUGUUGUUGAGUUAAUGAUGUCAGGGAAUGCUAUAUAUUCGAUAGUGGUUUAGCUAUCACAAUGAUUUUGUUACAGAUGCAUCUAUAUUUCACUAGUGUUUUAGCUAUCACAAUUCUUUUGUUAUAGUUGCACCUAUAUUUCAAUUGUGUUUUAGCUUUCACGAUGCUUUUGUUAUAGUUGCACCUAUAUUUCAAUAGUGUUUUAGCUUUCACAAUGCUUUUGUUAUAGUUGCACCUAUAUUUCAAUUGUGUUUUAGCUUUCACGAUGCUUUUGUUAUAGUUGCACCUAUAUUUCAAUUGUGUUUUAGCUUUCACGAUGCUUUUGUUAUAGUUGCACCUAUAUUUCAAUUGUGUUUUAGCUUUCACAAUGCUUUUGUUAUAGUUGCACCUUUAUUUCAAUUGUGUUUUAGCUUUCACAAUGCUUUUGUUAUAGUUGCACCUAUAUUUCAAUUGUGUUUUAGCUUUCACGAUGCUUUUGUUAUAGUUGCACCUUAAUUCAAUGGGGCAUUAGCUAUCACAAUGAUCUAUUUAAAGUUGCCCCUAUAUUACCAUAGUGGUUUAGCUAUCACAAAACUGUUGGAGUACUUGCACCCAUAUUAUAAGAGUGGUUUAGUUACCACAAUUCUAUUUAUAUGACUUUAAUGUUUUAGCUAUCACAAUAGUUGUACCAUGAUUCUUUAUCUUUGUGUUACCACAACACUAUUGCAAUAAUCACUUCUGAACACAACACAUACCUUCAGGUUUUACUGGCUGUGCAAUAUUGCAUCUUAUAAGCAUUCACAUUGUGAAUGGAUGCAAAUAAUUUACAUUGUCAUGAUCAGACUGGAGGACGAAAAAAAAAUUGGGUGUUUGAAUCAGAAAAACUAAUUAAAAUUGUUAAUUAAAUUAACACAUUUCCAUCCUUGUAAGAAAUGCACACACAUUGAAAUCCCAUCUUUGUAAAUAGCAAGGGCUAAAUGUAAACUUCUUGGAAAUAAAGCGAAGCCUGCCUCAUGGACAACGAUUGACAAGGAUCCUUCAUCAACGACUGCUGAUACUGUUGAAAGGAUGUGUUAUUCUUGUUUUGUAUUGAAAGUUGUUUUUUUAAUGACAAUCAUGGCAUGAUACCUUCAUGUACUUCUGAACUGUUAUUCUUGUGUAGAGCUAUAUCCCUGUUUCUCUUUGCUACAUGUAAACUGUCUUCCCGAGGCAAGGGAGUUAACUGACUGUAAAAGUCCAGUUUCCACCCUUGCCGAACUUGGCUGGUGUUAUGUAGUUAUAUUUUGCCUUCACUAACAAGUCUUUGUAUAGUCCAAUCAAAAUCACGUACCGAAAUCGACAUCUGGUUUGUAAAUAACAUGGACUUCAACUGCAGACGUCGGUCAACUGCAGAUGUCGUUUAACUGCAUCAUUUGCAAAGCAUGUGUACCAUCAAAUGGGCGUCGACAGAUAUUUACCAAAUCUAUUCAUGUUUUUAAUUUAGAUGCUCACCUGAUUUGAUUCACUUUUCAAAGUAAGACCAGUUUUAUUACAAUAUAUAUCUUGAUUAUAGAUCAGAUCGUGUUGACAGGGCCCCGCCAUUUUGUUUGAAGCAAAUUCAAGUGAAAUGAGAGGUGGAAUCUGAUUGGUCAAUAGGAGGGCAUAGAAGGGACCUAACUCGUGAUAUAUACACUGGUGGUACUACGACGAGCCCAAUAAUUCCUGCCAAGUUCGGCAAGGGUGGAAACGUUUAAGAGUCAGUGAACUCCCUUGCCUCUGGAAGAUGCAUGUAAGCAGAUGUCACAAUGCUGCGGCGUUGUGUGUGUGUACAGACAACGAUUCCUGCAAUGUAAAAAAGUUUCAAACAAUCCAACAGUUUUACUAUUGGAGCAUUUUGCCGUUGAAUUUGUUUUAUUUAUGUUUACAUGUUUGUGAAUUGUGAAAGGUACAUCUAAUUGGUGUUUGGUCUACUGCAACCAUAGUUUGUGACUUGUGCAAGGUAAUUGGUGUUUGGUCUACUGCAACCAUAGUUUGUGACUUGUGCAAGGUAAUUGGUGUUUGGUCUACUGCAACCAUAGUUUGUGACUUGUGCAAAGUCAUUGGUGUUUGAUCGACUGCUUCCAUAGUUUGUGACUUGUGCAAGGUAAUUGGUGUUUGAUCGACUGCUUCCAUAGUUUGUGACUUGUGCAAGGUCAUUGGUGUUUGGUCUACUGCUUACAUAGUUUGUGACUUGUGCAAGGUAAUUUGUGUUUGGUCCACUGCUUACAUAGUUUGUGACUUGUGCAAGGUCAUUGGUGUUUGGUCUUCUGCUUACAUAGUUUGUGACUUGUGCAAGGUCAUUGGUGUUUGGUCUACUGCUUACAUAGUUUGUGACUUGUGCAAGGUAAUUUGUGUUUGGUCUUCUGCUUACAUAGUUUGUGACUUGUGCAAGGUCAUUGGUGUUUGGUCUACUGCUUACAUAGUUUGUGACUUGUGCAAGGUUCCGGUAAUUGGUGUUUGAUCCACUGCUUACAUAGUUUGUGACUUGUGCAGGUCAUUGGUGUUUGGUCUUCUGCUUACAUAGUUUGUGACUUGUGCAAUGUAAUUGGUGUUUGGUCUUCUGCUUACAUAGUUUGUGACUUGUGCAAGGUACCGGUAAUUGGUGUUUGAUCCACUGCUUACAUAGUUUGUGACUUGUGCAAGGUCAUUGGUGUUUGGUCUUCUGCUUACAUAGUUUGUGACUUGUGCAAGGUAAUUGGUGUUUGGUCUUCUGCUUACAUAGUUUGUGACUUGUGCAAGGUAAUUGGUGUUUGGUCUUCUGCUUACAUAGUUUGUGACUUGUGCAAGGUCAUUGGUGUUUGGUCUUCUGCUUACAUAGUUUGUGACUUGUGCAGGUCAUUGGUGUUUGGUCUUCUGCUUACAUAGUUUGUGACUUGUGCAAGGUAAUUGGUGUUUGGUCUUCUGCUUACAUAGUUUGUGACUUGUGCAAGGUAAUUGGUGUUUGGUCUUCUGCUUACAUAGUUUGUGACUUGUGCAAGGUACCGGUAAUUGGUGUUUGAUCCACUGCUUACAUAGUUUGUGACUUGUGCAAGGUACCGGUAAUUAGUGUUUGGUCUACUGCUUACAUAGUUUGUGACUUGUGCAAGGUAAUUAGUGUUUGGUCUUCUGCUUAUAUAGUUUUAUGAAUGCUUUCCACAAAGGAAUAACUGUACGUAACUGUAUGUACGUAUGUUUUAUUUCUGAAUCAGGUCACAAUGAAGAGUUUGUUAGUUGAUAAAUUUUAAUCUAGUCAAUUAUCAUGACAGGGCAAUCCCUCACAUGUUGUAGAUGUUUGGAAUUGAAAACCUGGGCCUUCAGUUGAACACUUUAACCACGAGGCUACCACCUACAACUUGUGUUGAACAGGCCUGUAUACAUGGUUUAAAUGUUGCUUGAAGAUGCUCAAGUUCUAUUGUAUAAGGUUGUUGUCACAUACUCGUUUAAACUGUUAUGAUAUUAUAUGGUAAAAGGUGGGGGGCACGGGUGGCCCAGUCGUCUAAGGCGACACGAUUGUGAUUGUGCGUUCGAAUCCCGGUUCACACCGAUUAUGUUUCUAGGUUUGUCAGCACCAUACCCGUGCUCCAUACCGAAGUGCUAAUCGUCUGAGACUGCAUCUCUUCGGGCUAACCUCCCACAUUAAACUGACACGCCGCGAUAUAACUGAAAUACUGUUGAAACCCAACUCACUAUAUGGUAAAAGUUAGCCUUGAUUUGCCGGUUACUGGUUAGGGACCGACCAUAUUCUGCUCGAAAACCAGAUAUUUCCAUAAGUUAAACUAUGAGUCAAAAUAAUUUUUUUCUAAAAAAACGCAUGUAAUGUAAUUUUUGAGGCAGACAAUAUCUUUUUUCCCCAGCAAUAUGAAGCUGGGGAAAUUAUUUUGUUCAAGAAUUUUCGGAGGCAAUUUAUUUUUUUGGGAUAAAAUCGCGGGCUAUCAAAUGGUCGGCCCCUAAAUAUAGGUUGUCCUUGAUUUACCUGGUCUGAACUUGUUAAGUUAUUGCGAUUUUUGGGAGUUGGUGCUCACGAAGGCUUCCAUUAAAAAUUGAAAGAAGAAUUGCAUUGGAAUUUGUUCUUAUUUUAGGAAAAGUCCUUUCAUUCUUGUACAUCAUCUAUAAUCGUAUACUUUCCUUUAAAGAUGUAGAUGACACUAUGUAGAGAAUAACAAGAGGUACAAGGAAUAAAGUUUAUAUACCUG